GGAUAAUUCAUUCGAUUUUGGAGUUCUUUUGUUUCUUCUGAAAGAUUUCAACUCCUCCAACAGCCAAAAUGGGACACAGUAAACAGAUUCGAAUUUUACUUCUAAACGAAAUGGAAAAGCUGGAAAAGACACUCUUCAGACUUGAACAAGGAUAUGAACUGCAGUUCCGAUUAGGUCCAACUUUACAAGGGAAAGCUGUAACUGUGUAUACAAAUUACCCAUUUCCUGGAGAAGUGUUCAAUCGAGAAAAAUUCCGCUCCCUGCAAUGGGAAAAUCCAAUAGAAAGAGAAGAUGAUUCUGAUAAAUACUGUAAAGUUAAUCUUCAACAGUCUGGAUCAUUUCAGUAUUACUUCCUUCAAGGAAAUGAGAAGAGUGGUGGCGGUUUUAUAGUUGUGGAUCCUAUUUUACAUGUUGGAACUGAUAAUCACAUGCUACCUUUGGACUGUGUUACUCUGCAGACAUUUUUAGCUAAGUGUUUGGGUCCCUUUGAUGAAUGGGAAAGCAGACUUAGGGUUGCUAAAGAAUCAGGUUACAACAUGAUUCAUUUUACACCAUUGCAGACUCUUGGACUUUCUAGAUCAUGCUACUCUCUGGCUAAUCAGUUAGAAUUAAAUCCUGACUUUUCAAGACCUAAUAAAAAAUAUACCUGGAAUGAUGUUGGGCAGCUAGUAGAAAAAAUGAAAAAGGAAUGGAAUGUUCUUUGUAUUACUGAUGUUGUCUACAAUCAUACUGCUACUAACAGUAAAUGGAUCCAGGAGCAUCCAGAAUGUGCAUAUAACCUUGUGAAUUCUCCACACUUGAAACCUGCCUGGCUCUUAGACAGAGCUCUUUGGCAUUUAUCUUGUGAUAUUGCAGAUGGGAAAUACAAAGAAAAAGGAAUACCUGCUUUGAUUGAAAAUGAUCAACAAAUGAAUUGCAUUCGAAAAAUAGUUUGGGAAGAUGUUUUUCCAAAGAUUCAACUCUGGGAGUUUUUCCAAGUAGAUGUUUGCAAAGCAGUUGAACAAUUUAAAAGACUUCUUACACAAGAAAGUAGAAAUAUAACCAAGUCUGAUCCAAUGGAGCAUCUUAAGAUUAUUCAAGAUCCUGAAUAUCGACGACUUGGCUGUACUGUAGAUAUGAACAUUGCACUAGCAACUUUCAUGCCACAUGACAAAGGGCCCACUGCGAUUGCUGAGUGCUGUCAUUGGUUCAGUAAGAGAAUUGAGGAAUUAAAUUCAGAGAAGCUUCAGCAAAUGAACUAUCAUCAGGAACAGGCUGUAAAUUGCCUUUUGGGAAAUGUUUUUUAUGAACGACUGGCUGGCCAUGGCCCUAAACUGGGACCUGUCACUAGAAAAUACCCUUUAGUAACCAGAUAUUUUACUUUCCCAUUUGAAGAAAUGACACUUUCUGUAGAAGAAUCUAUGAUUCAUCUUCCCGAUAAAGCUUGUUUUCUAAUGGCACAUAAUGGAUGGGUAAUGGGAGAUGAUCCUCUUCGAAACUUUGCUGAGCCAGGUUCAGACGUAUAUCUCAGGAGAGAGCUUAUUUGCUGGGGAGACAGCGUUAAAUUACGUUAUGGGAAUAAACCAGAAGACUGUCCUUAUCUCUGGGCACACAUGAAAAAAUACACUGAAAUAACUGCAACUUAUUUCCAGGGAGUGCGUCUUGAUAACUGCCACUCAACACCUCUUCCUGUAGCUGAGUACAUGUUGGAUGCUGCUAGGAAAUUGCAACCCAAUUUAUAUGUAGUAGCCGAACUCUUCACAGGAAGCGAAGACUUGGACAAUAUCUUUGUUACUAGACUGGGCAUUAGUUCCUUAAUAAGAGAGGCAAUGAGUGCAUACAAUAGUCAUGAGGAGGGCAGGUUAGUUUACCGUUAUGGAGGAGAACCUGUUGGAUCCUUUGUUCAGCCUUGCUUGAGGCCUUUAAUGCCAGCGAUUGCACAUGCCCUAUUUAUGGAUAUUACCCAUGACAAUGAAUGUCCUAUUGUGCAUCGGUCAGCAUAUGAUGCUCUUCCAAGUUCCACAGUUGUUUCUAUGGCAUGUUGUGCUAGCGGAAGUACUAGAGGUUAUGAUGAAUUAGUGCCUCAUCAGAUUUCAGUGGUUUCGGAGGAACGGUUUUACACUAAGUGGAAUCCUGGAGCGUCUCCAUCCAAUACAAGUGAAGUGAAUUCCCAAAGUGGAAUUAUUGCAGCCAGGUGUGCUAUCAAUAAGCUUCACCAAGAGCUUGGAGCCAAAGGAUUUAUUCAGGUGUAUGUGGAUCAGGUUGAUGAAGAUAUAGUGGCAGUAACCAGACACUCACCUAGUAUCCAUCAAUCUGUUGUGGCUGUGUCUAGAACUGCUUUUAGGAAUCCCAAGACCUCAUUUUACAGCAAGGAAGUACCUCAAAUGUGUAUCCCUGGCAAAAUUGAAGAAGUAGUUCUUGAAGCUAGAACUAUUGAGAGAAAUACAAAACCUUACAGGAAGGAUGAGAAUUCAAUCAAUGGAAUGCCAGAUGUCACAGUAGAAAUUAGAGAACAUAUCCAGCUUAAUGAAAGUAAAAUUGUUAAACAAGCUGGAUUUGCUACAAAAGGACCCAAUGAAUAUAUUCAAGAAAUAGAAUUUGAAAAUUUGUCUCCAGGAAGUGUUAUUGUAUUCAGAGUGAGUCUUGAUCCGCACGCACAAGUUGCUGUUGGAAUACUUCGAAACCAUCUUACGCAAUUCAGUUCUCACUUUAAGUCUGGAAGCCUUGCUGUUGACAACUCAGAUCCAAUAUUAAAAAUUCCUUUUGCUUCUAUUGCCUCUAAAUUAACUUUGGCUGAACUGAAUCAGUUACUUUACCGAUGUGAGUCAGAAGAACAAGAAGAUGGUGGAGGAUGCUAUAACAUACCAAAUUGGUCCUCUCUUAAAUAUGCAGGUCUUCAAGGAUUGAUGGCUGUACUGGCAGAAAUAAGACCAAAGAAUGACUUAGGGCAUCCUUUUUGUGAUAAUUUAAGAUCUGGAGAUUGGAUGAUUGACUACAUCAGUAACCGUCUUAUUUCACGAUCAGGAACUAUUGCUGAAGUUGGGAAAUGGUUAAAGGCUAUGUUCUUCUACCUGAAGCAGAUUCCACGUUACCUUGUUCCAUGUUACUUUGAUGCUAUAUUAAUUGGUACAUACACUACUCUUCUGGAUGUAGCAUGGAAACAGAUGUCAAGCUUUGUGCAGAAUGGAUCAACUUUUGUGAAACACCUUUCAUUGGGUUCAGUUCAGAUGUGUGGAAUCGGAAAAUCCCCUUCUCUACCACUUCUUUCACCUUCGCUUAUAGAUAUACCAUAUAGACUAAACGAGAUCACAAAAGAAAAGGAGCAAUGUUGUGUUUCUCUAGCUGCAGGUUUACCUCAUUUUUCAUCUGGUAUUUUCCGCUGCUGGGGAAGGGAUACUUUUAUUGCUCUUAGAGGUCUGCUGUUGAUUACUGGACGCUAUUUAGAGGCCAGGAACAUUAUCUUAGCAUUUGCUGGAACCCUGAGACAUGGUCUCAUUCCUAACCUCCUUGGAGAAGGAACUUAUGCAAGAUACAACUGCCGAGAUGCUGUGUGGUGGUGGCUGCAGUGUAUUCAGGAUUACUGCAAAAUAGUUCCAAAUGGUACAGACAUUCUCAAGUGUCCAGUUUCCAGAAUGUAUCCUACAGAUGAUUCUGUUCCUUUGUCUGCUGGCACAGUGGACCAACCAUUGUUUGAAGUAAUACAGGAAGCUAUGCAAAGACACAUGCAGGGCAUACAGUUCCGAGAAAGAAAUGCUGGACACCAGAUAGAUCGUAACAUGAAGGAUGAAGGUUUUAACAUAACUGCAGGGGUUAAUGAUGAAACAGGAUUUGUUUAUGGAGGAAAUCGCUUCAAUUGUGGUACAUGGAUGGAUAAAAUGGGAGAAAGUGAUAAAGCUAGAAACAGAGGCAUCCCAGCCACUCCACGAGAUGGGUCUGCUGUGGAAAUUGUGGGCCUGAGUAAAUCUGCUGUGCGCUGGUUGCUGGAAUUAUCCCAAAAAAAAAUUUUCCCUUAUCAUGAAGUCACAGUAAGAAGACACGGAAAGGUUGUGACAGUCUCCUAUGAUGAAUGGAAUAGGAAAAUACAAGACCACUUUGAAAAGCGAUUUCAUGUUUCUGAAAACCCUUCAGAUCCUAAUGAACAGCAUCCUGAUUUGGUCCACAAACGUGGCAUAUACAAAGAUAGUUGUGGAGCUUCAAGUCCUUGGUGUGACUACCAACUCAGACCUAAUUUCACCAUAGCAAUGGUUGUAGCCCCAGAACUGUUUACCACCGAAAAAGCAUGGAAAGCUCUAGAGAUUGCAGAAAAAAAACUGCUUGGUCCCCUUGGCAUGAAAACUUUGGAUCCAGAUGAUAUGGUUUACUGUGGAAUUUAUGACAAUGCCUUAGACAAUGACAACUACAAUCUUGCUAAAGGUUUCAAUUAUCACCAAGGACCUGAGUGGUUGUGGCCCAUUGGGUAUUUUCUUCGUGCAAAAUUACAUUUUUCAAAAUUGAUGGGCCCGGAGACGAAUGCAAAGACUAUUUUUUUGGUUAAAAACGUUCUUUCCCGACAUUAUGUUCAUCUUGAAAGAUCUCCUUGGAAAGGACUUCCAGAACUGACUAAUGAGAAUGGUCAAUACUGCCCUUUCAGCUGUGAAACUCAAGCCUGGUCAAUCGCUACUAUUCUUGAAACACUUUAUGACUUAUAG